GCGACGGACAUUUACGCGAAAAUGUGUGCUCGCCCAUCGUCCCAUCGCCCCUCUCUCGUCGCCGUCGCCCCCGUCUCCUCGUCGUCUCGUCCACCCGCCAUGGCCUCCUUCCUCAAAGCAUUCAACGCGUCCCUCGUCCGCAGACCGAUGCUCACCCAGUGCGCGUCCUCCGCCGUCAUGUUCGGCAUCGGCGACGUCCUCGCCCAGCAGGCCUUCGAGAAGAAGGGCACUGACCACGACUUCCUCCGCACCGCGCGCACCGCCUUCUACGGCGGCGCCCUCUUCGGGCCCCUCCUCACAAAGUGGCUCGACGUCCUCAACCGCCUCAAGGUCCAGUCCCGCGUCCGCGAGGUCGUCUACAAGGUCUGGCUCGACCAGACCGUCUUCACACCUGGUGUGGUCGGCUUCUUCUUUACCUCCAUGACCCUCCUCGAAGGCAAGAGCUUCUCAGACGCGCAGGAGCGUCUCAGCAAAGCCUACGUCCCCACGCUCGUCCGCAACUGGGGCGUCUUCGUCCCCACGCAGGUCCUCAACUUCGCCUUCGUCCCGCCGCAGUACCGCUUCUUCACCAUCGGCACCGUCGCCCUCUUCUGGAACGCCUACCUCAGCGCCGUCAACGCCAGCAACGCGCGCGUCGCGGAGGCCGCGCACGCAGGGUUGCUCGAGAAGGCCGAGGCUGGCUUGGGCGGGCCUCCAGCGGACGGCGCGCUCGCGGUGAAGGCGUGAGCUUCUUGGACGCUGGGAGCGAAACGCAACUAUUUGACAGACGCGGCGCGAGGGGGCGCGCACGCACGCAUGAUCGACCAAUGUUGGCUUAGAGGUUUCCGCACAUCUACAUACCCACAUAGACCCAUAGACUCGACAGAUACGAACUGCUAAUCAAUGCUCACUGCUUGUACAUUGCCUUGAUGUAUGCUCUUUUAGGCCGGUCGGGAGUGAGAGAUCUGUAGUAUUGCAUGUUUUCGCCGAGUAUUCUGUGCGAACCCAA